AGUAAGUUGGCUGAUGCUGGCAGCAAGACAAAUCUGGCACCACACAGCAGGCAGGCAGAGAGUGCAGUGCUCAUCCUUUCGGUUUGCUGGUGUGUGGGAAUGCUGGACACCAACAGCCAGCGAGGGAUCCGGCCAAAAGCUGCUCUGCUCGGCGCCUGAACCCUGCUGCUCUGUGCCCGGCUGGGACAUACAGAUGUCAGAGGACAAGACAGACAAGGUAAAAAUCAAAGCAGCUGAAAGUUUUGAACAUGACAAGCAAAAUAUUUCUUGGCUGAAAAAAGACCGUCGCACCAGCUCCCUGCCUCUACUGGCCCUGCCCGGGGUGACGCCGAGCAGUGAGGACCAUCCAGAUAGCCAGCUUACAAAUGAAAAACACACAGAUGAAAAGCCUAUGAAAGGCAUUGUUAUGAGUUCUGUCGCAGAAUUCAGCAUCACAGACGCUUCAUCAAAGGGUACCAAAAAUGAGAAGAAAUUGUCAGAUGCAAGCAGAUCAUCCAUUGCUUCCCUGGAGAAAUGCAGAGAAUUCACUUACAUUGAAGAUGAUGCAUCAGUACAUCAGAGAGACAGUGACGAUGAAUGUGCAACACUUAUCCUGGCCUGCUUGUUCUGCCAAUUUUGGGACUUUCUUAUAAUGCUGCCUGAUACCUGUGAACAUUGGCUGACAGAUACCUGUUGUCCAUCCAAUAGAUAUUACCAGACCUCCGACGAAGACCACGGCAACAACGACUGCAACUGUGACUGUGACAUUGAUUGCAGCCUCUUUGAGUCCUGCCACGAGACUGGGGAGUGCCUGGAGCUCGCCAUGGAGAUUUCAGAAGUUUGCUAUCGCUAAUAGGAAAAUUAUUGACAAAAUUCCUCAAAACUACCUGACAGAUUACAAAGGAGAUUUUUUUUUUUUAUUAUUAAUCAUAACCAGAGGUUUUGCCAAUGAGGACUUUGUGCAUCUUGUUGCUCCUUCCAUGGAGGUCUCUAUAUCUGUACCAUUCUGGUGGCAUGAUACCACAAACUGCUGAAACCAAUAAAGGACAAAAAAAGGUCUUUUCUGCCAUAGAUGACAACAGAAUUCCUAAGUGCCAAGUGUGUUCGCUGCUUUACCCACUGUCAAUCCAAGCUUUUAUAAACCUUUAAUUGCUUUAAGCACUGAUUUCCCCAUUCAUAAACACAGAACAAAUUAGGAUAUUAUUUUAGGACUGAUAUAUAUAUUAGUUCAUCUUCCUAAUGGAUUCAUACCUAAAC